UAGAGGUGUGCAUUAUGUAUCAGCGACAUAAUGUCUUUAUUGUUGUUUUAAGGAGGUUCGAGCAGGAAAACAAUUAAAAAAAAAAACGCUUUGACAGUCCACACAUUCCCUGCGUCAUUUAUCCUGGUAAGAAAGCCUACUGCGCGUGCUAGCCUAACUGCAUAGACACGCACGACUGAAGAUAAAAAUAAGUGAAGAACAGCCACAGGAGACACAAUACAGACUCCUGCAGCCUCGCAGUUAGAUAUAGGGGCUAGAUCCAGAUCAUCCUCACUGGAUGAAGACGGGUGUUGCUCAAAAGAGGCAACGGCCAGACUAAGUUGUAAAUCGGUUAACGACAAUGCGUCAGCUUGUUUCGCCACCUGCCACCGAACUGGUGCACAGAAGAUGGAGACUAUGGACAGCCGUCCACCACAGGACCUAGCCGAGACAUGAGACAUCCUUUCCUCCGAUCCACCUGAAGUGUCCAGUCACCAACUGAUUUCUGGUAAAGGGUCUCCAUCACCUUUUGCCUCACCCUGAUACAGACUGUUUAAAAACACAACCUUGGUUGGUUCUAUGGACCAACAUGUGUUGGUCCAUUGAACCAUAGAAGACUUCUGCAAAGGAUGGUCUCAUGUAUCCUCACUCCUAUCUCCUCCAGCAGCCUGCUUGCUCCUUUGGGACAUCCUUCAAGAUGGUGGACUGGAACAACAUCUGAACUGAGCAAGGAUCGAGCAGCAAGGAACGACCACUUAGGGGAAUUGAGAUUUAACCUUUUGUAAAAGUUUCCUUUAGCUUUAGCUCACCAUUAGCCACUCACAUCAAUGAAUGUGAAGCUUUGUGGUUGGAUUUUUUUGCUGAAAUGCACCUUGGGAAUUGUAGUUAAACCCUCUCCUUCAGUUCUUAUGUCCACAGGCUAUUUAACUGUUUAUCAAAGCAGCAGAUGUUUUCAGUCACAGUUGUUAAUGUUUCUGCACUGAUUUAGCACGACACCCCUCAGGCCUUCUCUGUGUCAGCUUCGUGUACAGGCCAUUUCUGUUGAUUCAGGCCUUGCUGUCCUUUGUUUCAUGAUGAUUCCCUGGAACUGAAUUUACUUUAAAACAUUCCCACAUGUGUCUGUUCAGCAUUUCGUGUUCCUUGUAUUCGUUCAUUUCUUUUUGUUUCAUGCAACUUAACCUCUUCUACUCUUGUGUCAUAAAGUCCAGAUUAACUUUCACUACCUCUUUUACCUCGUUACUAUCACUUAGGCUUACUCAUUACAUUUAUUUCAUUUAUUACUCAUUUAUUUCAAACAUGCAUUUUCUCAGGAGCAUUUCCUCCAUCACGUUUUGCCUCACCCUGAUACAGACUAACUGUUUAACCACACAACCGCAUCAGUGUUUAUUUCCUUAAUGUAAAAACUGGAAAUACUCAGGCUACCAGUGACUGUAACGAAGUACAGCGUAGGUGGAAAAUGUACUUACAGAUAUUUCCCACCCUCUUUCGUAACAAAAAGAGGAAAAGCAUUGUUCUGAGUUGAUUAUAUUUCAGAGGCUGUAGCAUUUCUUCAGUACAGUCAAGGAGAACGCCAGCACCUUGGUUUUUAGCACCAUAGUUUUUUCUUAUCACGUAUUUGACAAUGAAUUUCCAUGCUCUUGCACUCCACAGGCUGAUUACUGCAAUACAUACCUGAUAAUGCCGUGUCUUAUUGUAACAGUCUUGGUGCUGGCGAUGGACCAGCCUUGUCAAAGAGCCUGGAGAUUCACAAUGUCAAAGGGCUCGUGUCACUUUGCUUGCGUUUUGUUCCGGUGCACAGUCAAGGCUUCAUGUGUAGGUCUGCUGUGCUGAUAGAUGCAGAGUGGCUUGUUUGCUGUUACAACCAGAAUCCCAGCCAAGUGGCAGACUUGCAAUGUAAAGCCAAGACUGAUAUCACACCUGGAGGAAAAUCUGUGGUGACCAUCGCUGAAAUGAAAAUGAAUUCAAGGCUGUAUGGCAUAUCUUUACUUUUGGCCAUCACUGUCGUGGGGAUGCUGUUCCUGUCAUCCUGGAUGAUCUGCGCUGAUCACUGCUGUCUGAGGUACUGCAAGAGAGGAGUUCUAGCACACGAGCUGAUCCUGGAAGUGGGGGAAGAUGUCGUAUGGAUGGCUAUGAAAGAAAAACAAAAAAGCAUAUUGUCUAAAAAAGUUAAUCAGUACAUUGACCAAGGGAUGUGGGGAAACUUUGGACAUUGUUGAAGAGGUCAUUGACCAAACAGAAGCCGAUGAGGGCGGAAGUGACUCUCAUGAGAUGAUGGAGAGAGUGUCCAAUAAAGACCAACAAAGAGAUGGUGUGGUGAUGAAUAACUAAGACCAGCUCAAACACACACAGACACACUAUGAGUAUGUUGGCAGAACACUCAGCCUCCCCUGCACCUGAGGACCCGGCCUCGCCCCCACCCAUGACCACACCUCCUCGCAAAACCUCUGUCCGACUGCAGGAGAGACGGGGCUCCAACCUCUCUCUGCUAUUGGAUGUGAGCAGCUUGGGGGGGGAGCCUGUCUGCUCUAAGAUACCUCCGAACUUUGUGAGCACUGCAGAGCUUGACAUUCCCGGACACAUGAUGAAAGACAGAUACAAAACCAUCCUACCAAACCCCGAGAGCCGGGUGAUCCUGAGGAGCCCAGAGGAAGACACAGGGUCAGACCGUUAUAUCAACGCCAACUACAUCAAGGGCUACAGAGGCGCUCCCAGGGCCUACAUCGCCACCCAGGGGCCGAUGCCGCACACCGUGGGCGACUUCUGGGACAUGGUGUGGCAGGAGAGGAGCAGCAUCAUCGUCAUGGUGACCAGACUGAAGGAGAACAAUGAGAAGUGUGAGCUGUACUGGCCACAGCCGAGGGAGAGGAUGGAGGGGGUAAAGAAGGAGGGCGAGGAAGAGGAGGAGGCAGGAGAGAUGGGCCAGUUUGGAAGAUUCCUCCUCAGAGUGAAAGACAGCCGGGAGAAAGAUGGGUUCACUGUCACCGACAUGGACAUCCAGCUGGGUUCAGAGUGUCGUCUCAUCAGACACUACUGGUUCACCUCUUGGCCCGACCACCACAUCCCACAAUGCACUGCUCCUCUCCUGAGACUGGUGGAGGAGGUGGAGACAUACAGCAAGUCCCUCCUACAGCACAGCGAUCAGCCAAUCACAGCCACUGUCCCUGGUCCUGGACCAAUCAUUGUCCACUGCAGUGCAGGCAUAGGGAGAACAGGUUGUUUUAUCGCCAGCAGUAUUGGCUGUCAGCAGCUCAGAGAGACAGGCCAGGUCGACAUCCUGGAGACAGUGUGUCAGCUCCGACUCGACAGGGGUGGUAUGAUCCAGACCACAGAGCAGUACCAGUUCCUGUACUCCACACUGGCCCAGUACAGCUCCCAGUUACAACAGAACCAGGAGCAGAACCAGAACCAACAGAACUCAGAGGACCAAGUCGGCAUAGAGCUGCAGAACCUCCAGCUGGACAUUGCACAGAAUGGAAAGAACUGAUGCCAGAGAACCUCUAGAGGACUGGAAACACACAGAACCAGAACCAUGCAAACAUGGACUUUAAGACUGUAAAUAACACCAGCACUAAAAUCCAAAGAGCUGAUGCGGCUUGAGGAACCAGCAGUAACCAAAGUGUGCCAGGAGCGCAAAGGAACUUCAGAAUGACUAGGUAUUCUGGUCCAGCUCAGUGCCAGGCCAAAUAUCUGGAGAACCCGAACAUGUGGUGCAGCAGAGAACAAGAGCACCAUGUUCAUCAGGGACUGAAAAUCUCAGAGAACAGACCUGGACCAAGAAGCUGGAACCAAGAGAACCAAGUAGACCAACACAUGGAAAAUGUCCCUCCUAAUGUUAAUAUCAGAUGAAACAAAAUCAA